CAAAUCAAUGUUAGCUCUGAUGUGCUAACUGCUCUGCUGUUUCCAAAGCUGCUGGAAAACUCCAAAUGUCACUUGUUUAUAUUGGAUAAGAACUCUCAGAAUCUGAUCAUCAAGAGUAAAGACGACAUCUUCACAUCUUAGACCAUGUUUGAUGAAGUCUGCUGAAAUGACACUAGAGUCAGAUCAGUUCAUCUCCAGCGCAGAAAAUUCCAAGAGGACACGCAGAUUAUACAGGCAGCAGGUCCCUCAGACGAGACACAGCAGCUCACACUGUCUCCAGAACUGCUUACGCUUCUGUUUCAAGAAGCGAAGGAACAUGGAGCAGAGAGGAGCCACAGUGGAGCCCCAGCCCGACCCCACCACUGCGGGCGGCCUGAGAGAGCUGACCACCUCCUGGUUCAUACAGACCCAGGCCCCCCGCAUCAGCCACAAUGGACUGCUCCCAAAAUGGUUCCUCGGCUUCAUCUCCAGAAAAGAUGCUGAAGACAUUUUGAAAAAUAAAGAAGUGGGCUGCUUUCUGAUCCGCCUCAGUGACAAAGCGCUCGGAUACAUACUCUCCUAUAAAGGCAGGGACCGGUGUCGUCAUUUUGUGAUAAACGAGAGUGAAUCGGGGGGGUUUGUUGUACAUGGAGACAACAUUCGGCACGCCACUGUAUCUGAACUAGUGGAAUACUAUAAGGAAAAACCCAUAGAGCCGUUCGGGGAAUAUCUGACUGCUUCCUGUUACAUGGUUCAAAAUGAAGACCUUUAUGACACAAUCCAGGUUAGCCCCAAAGAGCGGUCAGUGGCCACGGUCCAUGCUCAAAAAGCUAAAAAAAAGAUGAGUAACCGAGGAUCAGAGCUCCAACUCGCUCAGCCCAGAGGAAGUGACCACUCAUCACAGGAACUACCUCCUCUUCCUCGAAGGAGCAAACAUUUGGAAAAUGGCACGGAGAGCCAGGAUAAUGUUUGCUACGCUCAGGUCAGACGUAAAAAGCUUAAAGAUCGAGAAGUGAAGAGAGACGGUCCGUCCAGACCCCAGUCCCUGUACUCGGAGGUGGAGCUGCUGGACAGCCGCAGUCGAUCUCUGCCUCUCCUGCUCAACAGCAGUGAUGAACAGAACUACCGGCUCAGUAUCACCCCCCCAAGGCUCGAAAGAGAUACUCCCAGCCCCGAGCCCUCACACAGACUGGACGUGUGCUGGCCAACCCCUCCCAGCUCUGACCCUGGCACCAGAGAAGAAGACGGAGGGGUGUACGCCGAGGUCCUCGGGCCACACCGCCUACAGGACGACACAUAUGAACAGAUACCAGACAGCAGCAACCCGUAUGAGCCUGUGGGGCGCCUCAGGGCCCAGCAUGAACGAAAAAAUGAAAAGUGGAAGCGUCUCUUUCCUGAAGUCAAAAGAAAAUGGUGAGAGGCACUGCAUGUGACACUAUGGCUGAUUCUGAGAGCAGGUGUUUGUGAGGGAGACUCAGCU